AUGUGGAACCCAAAGAAAAAGUCAGAAGCUCUGGCAAAAUUUAAAUCAUUUCCUUAUCCUAAACCAGGCACCUCGAAUUUGUUAGAUUCUGGCUCUAAGAUAUACACAAAAAGAUCAUUUUUGCAGAAAGUAGUGUUUUUCGUUAUUCUCGUGCUAUGCUUCGGGUUUUUUUUUAAGCACCAUUGGAGUUCGCAGUCUCACCGCGGUAAAGUGGUGAUGAUCGUUGCUGGUAAUGACGGCGGUGGUGUUAAGGAUGUAAAAAAGGCUGAUGAAUGGGUUUUGGAACAUAUUUCCAAGGGAAACAAAGAAGAAUACGCGAAACGCCACGGAUAUGAGUUAAUUUAUAAGAGCGAAGGAUUGAAACGUCGAUAUGCUCAUGAAUGGCGAGAAUCUUGGGAAAAAGCAGACUAUAUACUUGAAGCCAUGGAAAAGUACCCCAAUGCUGAAUGGUUCUGGUGGUUGGAUUUAACUACCUACAUAAUGGAGCCUCAAUAUUCUAUUGAGAAACAUAUUAUUAAUCGUCUUCCAAAGAUUGCUAUUCGUAACAUCACUGAUCCUAUGGAAUUUAAUCCUCGUAGUUACAAGCAAAUUCCUUUUGAGGAUUAUUCCGAUGAUAUCAGCUUUAUCAUGGGCCAGGAUUGCAAUGGCUUCAGUCUUGGUUCUUUUAUAAUCCGUCGCAGUGAAUGGUCGAAGCGACUUUUAGAUUUCCUAUGGGAUCCUGUCGUUUAUGGAAAAAAACAUACUGAUUGGCCGCAUGACGAACAAAAUGUGCUUGAAUACUUCUACGAGCAUAACGCUUGGUUACGUGGUGGAAUGGCCUUUGUUCCUUUACGAACAUUGAACGCUUAUACUACAGGCGCUUGUGAAGCCGAUAGUAGCAAUCCCCGAUUUUUCUAUAAUCAAAAGCAGAGGGACUUUUUGGUCAACUUGGCUGGUUGUAAUUACGGAAGAAAUUGCAAGGAGGAAAUCCAGCAGUAUCAAUCCAUCCAGGGAAGGCGAUCUGGUUUCUCAAAACUAUUCUCUCUCUUUUUUUAA